AUGUCAGGAGGCCGCGAAAGGAAAGGACCUGCCAGCUCUACUGUUUCCCUGUUUCUGGGUCUUCUUCUAAGACCUAGUAUUGACAAGCACAAUCUCAAUGUGGCAAAUCUGUAUAUGCACAAGGUCAAUAUACUUUCAACGUACAAACCAACCAUGCACAAGGAAGGGUAUACUAUAGAGAGGCCAAUCCCAAUGAAGCUACAGGCAUACAUGAAGACAAAGGAGAUAAGGAAGGGAUACAGACGUGUACGCGAGGCACUAGAACCAAUGCCUCGAACCCUGGCACGCAUAGGUUUAAACCAAGAGGGAGAGGAAGCAGAGGAGGCUCAAAGGCCUCAGGCAGAGGAUGAGGGAGUAAGGCAGGAGAGGGAGAGGGAGAAAAAGAGGAAGAGGGUGGAAUUAAAGAGGAAGAGGGAAGAAAGAGAGAAGAUGAGAAAGGCAGAGGAGAAGAGAGCAAAAAGAGAGAGGCUUGAGGAAAUUGCUCGAAAUGAGGAAGAGGAAAGAGUUAGAAGAGAAACCGCUAAACAGAACUUGGAGCUUUUCUCAAGUUCCAAAGAUGAAGAAUCACAAGAGCGUCCAGAUGCUAUUGGGUCUAAUACAGCAAAUGACGGGGAAGACGCUCUUGAUGAUGAUGUUCCUGGGUCAAAUACAGCAAAUGAAGGGGAAGACGCCCUUGAUGAUGAUGUGGGCGUAGCUGUUGAGUUUGAAGAGAAUGAAGAGGAUGAUGAGAGAGAAGGAGAAGUAGCUGCUCUACCUCAGGGCGAGCUAGAGCAACCUAGGACCGUGAAUAGGCACAUAUACUUUCCUAGCCUAACUCCAAGUGCAACCACAUCUUCUGACUCUGGUGGUCGAGACACCGAGAUCAUUCAACAAGAGCUAAAACACAACAUGGCCCAUGUAGAGCCAUCUCCUUUUGCAUUUGCUUUGGAUGAGGUUCGAUCAUCCUUAGCAGUAUUGAGGGCUGAGUCUUUGACAAAUUCCUCUCAUCUCGAUCGCUUACAAGAAUUGACGGCAAGCAAUGCAGAGAUCCUGCAAAGGGUCCUUGCCCACAUUCAGAGGGAUGGAGCUUCCACUUCAUCUCAAGACACUCAAGCGCUCAUUCCUCUGAAUGUGCCGGUCGACUAUGUCACCCAGACGACGAUGAAUGCUCUAGGUGACCGUCUCCUACAGAAGGUGGCCAACUUCACUUUCGACUUUAAUAGCAUAGCCAAGCAUGCAGCAGUCGAGAUGCGUCAUUUGUUGGCAGCUGUUAAAUACAAUACGGAUAUGGAGAUUCUCAAGGUCACAAUGGCAACAUCAGAGAUUGUUGAGCUCUUAGAUGCAAAGAUCAAGGCCAUGCCUCCGACGAACGUACAGAAACCAAAGAGGAAGAUUGAGCCACCAACUGCAUGUGCCGAGGCCUCAAAGAAUAGGAGGCUUGACAACGAUGAGGACCCAGACCAGUCUGGCUCUCAAAGUUGCCAAGAGGGGGAGAACCAACCAGCAGCCACUAAAAGUUCUAUUCCAAAGGCUGCCCCCUCUACUUCUACUCCUCGACAACAAGCGCAAGCACCACCAAGUCAAAUAUCUAAGGCUGCGCAGGCACAUGCAGAGGAUAAAAGAAAGAGAAAGAUGCCCGCUUCAUCAGCAGCAGAACCAGAAGGGCGUAAGAAGGGUGAAGAGGACGUGAUCCAACUCCUUUCUGUGUACACCUCUUCAUCCUCUUCAGAGCCCUUAUCAUUAUCUGCAGAGUAUGUCAUGGAGACUACUCCGCCUUCAAAGAGGGAUGAUGAAGAAGAAGUAGUGGUAGUCAAUGUCGCCGAUCCAGAACUUCUGAGAUGCCAAGAACCAGAGGGGGCGUCUAUUCCAACAGUUGUCCCACUUGAAGAAGUUAUUGUUGUUGCACCACCACCACAUCAGAACACGCAUAGAGCCAAGGUCCCUGUUCAAGGGACCAGAGUCGUCACACCUGCUAUGAGGCAGGGGGUCCCCGUCAGAGCUCGUAAGCCAGAGGCAGGCAAUAACAGCAAGCCUCAAAGCUCCAAACGUCCCAUUGAUCGAGUAUAA